UGCUGAUGGGAAAUAGUUCUAAACAUUAAAAUCAAUAGGGGAAUCAAGGUUAAUUAUAAAUGAAACAAUCAAAUAAACCAGAAGAUGAAUUGAUUAAAUAUCUAGCUCAAAGUAUGUUAAAAUAUAAGUUUAGGUUGUUCAACAUUCCCAUCAUAAAUAGAGUAAAAUUCAGAGUUUAAAGCAUAAAGAAUAAAUUGUAUAAGAUGUUCAUAUAUUUUGUUUGAUGAUGGAUUGGGAAGAAUAAAUAAAUGUGAAGAAUGUGAAAUUCCUUAUGUAAUAAAGAAUGGAUUGAUGAGUGUUUUGAAUCAGAGCCAGGAUGUUCAAUGUUGUUCAUUUAGUUUUCCUCUAUAAUAUUUAGAUUCUGUUGUGUUGCGUGUGAAUCAGUAUUUGAGAUUAUGAAUAUUUAUAGGAGCUGUAUUAAUCAUAUUUCUUAUGGCCAAUUGAUGACUCAAAUAAUAUUACCAUUUUUUUAGAUUAGAGAAAGAGUAAUAACAUCAGGAGCAUGUUUCAAUAUUGAUUAGUUUGAAUUUAGAGUUGUUGGAUGUGGAUCAUAACUCUAAGGAAUUGUAGGUAGUAAUACUAAAAUUUAUUGUUAUGAAUCAUAUACUGAUAGAAUCUUGUAUAAAUUGAAAAUCUAUACAUAAAGAAAAAACUUUGAAGAUGAACUUUUUCAUUACUUUUUUUCUCAUCCAAAAGAUAAUCAACUCAUUUAGGGUAAGAAAUUAAAAUUAUAAUAUAGAUUCAUAUAUAAAAAUAAAUAACUAAGAAUAUUUUGUAUUGUAAUGCACAGAAUAAUCAGGUAGAUUACAUGCUUAUACUAAAAUUGAAUAUAUAUCAAAGGUACCUAGAUUAACUUAGGUUUAAUUCAUUAUUUUGAAGUAACCAAUAGAAUUCUCUCGUGUUAAUAACAACAAAGCAAUUUAGUAAGUACUAAAAUAUGUAAUUGAACCAUAUUUUGGAGGAUUGACUCGAUAUUUGGAAAAAGGAUAGAUUUUAAGAAUAGGUGAUUUCAUAUUUGAAAUCUGUUUAGAUGAAGAAUUUGGAUUUGUUAUUCCCAAUUAGACACAUAUUUAAAUAACAGAUUAGAUUGACUAAAGAAUGAAUCUGUAAUAACUCUAACCCAACUCAAAUUACAAUAUUAUAAGCAGAUCUAUUAAUAAUGAAAAUAAUAGUCGAUAGGAUCAAAUUGAAUCUCUGCACAGAUUAUUGAAUACUUUCAUAUAACUUAAUGAAAAUGGCACAAUUGAAGGUAAUAUAGGAUGUGAGGAUCAUGAAAUAUAAUAAUUGCCAGUAAGAAAGAUUAAUUUAGAAUAAAUUAAAUAAUUGGAUGAGGAUCAUAUGAAAUGUUUAAUAUGUCUCUGUGAGUAUGAAGAAGAUGAUUUAGUUAAAACUAUUCCUUGCUGUAUUAUAUAUCAAUAUAAAAUAGUACAUUAUUUUCAUGAUGAUUGUAUAGAGAAAUGGCUAAAGAAAAGUAGACAUUGUCCAAUAUGUAAAAAUGAAUUAGAAAUUUGA